CCGCUGAGCUUCAUUUAAGUUGCAAAAAUGCUGUGCAUGCAUGAGGACGAUCACGUCGCAGAUGUGCUGCCAAAAAACGCAAGCUUGGAAAACACUGAUGUGGUGUUCCUGAUUCUCAGCCUGUGGAUGUUUUUCAUUACUAAAAAAAGUUGUUUGACAACUUAAAACAAAGCACAGUAGACAACAGGUUUACUUGAGACAGCGCACACACAAAGCAGAAAAAUGGACGUUUCAAAGAGGAUCGUCAGAAAUUUGGAGCCAGCAAGGCCACUGCGUCGUCUUAACAUAAAUCAAGUACCACAAAGCAAUGUGAUGAUCAGGCAAUUUGAAAAGCCAGUUAAAAAGCCGGACAACACUAUUAAAGUGGAGCAGUUGUACGAAAUCCUUCAUCUUCAAACCACAAGUAACCUGAAAAGUCCCCAACCUGAAAAGAAAGAAGAAAGGAUAUGCUACACCAGGGACUUUCUCAUCAAGAUGGCAAGUUGUCCAUUGGCCAAGAAGAAACCUGAGUUUUUGCCAGAGCAUCCUGUUGUUUUGGAGAAUGGAAGAACUCGUAUUGUGCCCAGUGUCAAUAACUUCAAGAGAGAGGACAUGGUUGUCUGAUGUGGAGAAUUCCUUAAAAUCUAUUUUUAUUAUUAUUUAAAACUGGGCUCUAAAACUGCACUACAUGGGGAGUAAUGUGUAAAUGGUUAAAAAUCUUGCCCUUUUAAGUUCCUGUAAUGUUGGAAUCCAUCACAAGUUAAGUUUAUAUUCAUAGAUGUAAGAGGAGUACAUAGUAUAGUACAAAACAAAAAGGAUACCUGCAGCACUAAUGUAUCGUUCCUUGCAAAAUGUAUAUUUAAAAGAAAUGUUGCUCUAAACUCUAUCUUUGUCCUUGAUCAAACCUUUUUUUUGUCUUACCUCAUCAAAAAACUGUGAUUUCUAACUCUGGCUUUUGAUCUUUUUCAAAUACUGGUGGUUUUGCGCUGCACUACAAUUUGAUGAUCUGUGAUGUUUUGCUGAUAUUUGGAUUUGAAGUGUAUUUGCUUGAAGAUGUGCACCUUGAAGUGACUUAUAAGGGGUUUUCAUGCUUUAGUUAGACUUCAGAGAUGUUUGAUUGUAACUUGCCAGCUGUACUAACACUGGAUAUUGCAAAGAGGUUGGAUUCAAGGGUUGGGCAAGCAACGCAUAUCUGGCACAUUCUUUUUGAUAACUAUUUAGUCUACUGGAUUACAAAACCUUGCAAUGAUGGUAAUAAUACACUUAAUAUUUCAAUAUUUCUGUUUGUAUAAAUGUAUGCAUAAUUUAUUGCAGUGAAGUGGGUGGAAGCUCAAAAUGUUUUGUCACAGGAAUUUGUGUUUAAACAUGUUUUGUACCACACUGUAAUCUGUCAAACUUAUUGUCUUGAGAUUUGCUCUACAAAACUCAUUACACUCAGUAAAGAAAAUGUUUGUUUUA